UUUUCAAAGGACUUUGCUCUGUUUCUCUCUCUCUGUCUAUCUUUUACAUUAACGCACUCGCACACAUAAGUCGGAGAUAAAAGAUAAGGAUUACAGUAACAGCAACAAGAACAAGACAAAUUCGGAGUUUUCGUUGAAUUUUUUUUGCUGAUGAUGCUCCUCUUGUAAGUCCCGGAGCCCCCUCUUACACUCCAACACGGUAAUCAAACCGGACAAAGAAGAAAUACUAGCAAAAGCAGAAGAAAAAACCUAACAAAGAAGAUCGAAAAGCUAAACCGCGUCGUACGCGAGAUUCAAAAAAAAAAAAAAACAUUUUUGAAGCCAACAACAAUACCAAGAUGUAUCCGGCCAGUGCUAGUAAUGCAACAGCAGGAGGAGGAGGAGGAGGAGUAGGAGGUGGAGGUGCAACAUCAUCAUCAACGGCAUCCAAAUUUCAGACACAUUGCGUUUCGCCACAAUUUGCCAGCUUUGGUCAGCAGCAGCAAAUGCCAUCAACAUCACUCGGAGAUUAUCCGCAUCCCCAUCAUCAGACCACAUCGGCUGCUAUACAUCAAGCACCACCGCCACCACCACCCUCAGCGGCAGCAGCAGCAGCCGCAGCAGCGGCCAUGAUUGGUCAUGGUUCCAUGUCGAUGCGACAUGGUCAACGUGUCACAGGUUCACAAAUGAGCCAUAAUCAUGGUCAUCAGCAUGGAACAACAGCCGCCACAUUGGCCCAUCAUCAUCACCAACAUCAUCAGCAGCAACAGCAGCAGCAUCAGGGGCAUGUGAUCUUUCCUGAUGAUAUGGAUAGCAUUGAGUUUUGUAUGCCACCAGCGGCACCACCGUCCGCAUCAUCGUCGACAUCCGCAUCAUCAUCGCAACAAAAUGGCGGCGGAGGCGGUGAACAGUUGCUUUUGGGCCAUCAGCAUGGUGAGGCAUUCACGGAGCGUCGUCGUCGUGGUUACAGUCGUCGCAGUAAUCAUAAAAUGGAUGUGGAACAGCAGGUAAAAUGGUCACGCAAGAAUAUUGCUGCCACAAUGGAACGCUUUGAGCCCACAAUUAACAAUACACAGUCCUCGUCUUCGACAUCGUCGCUUGAUUAUGGCUUUGCGGCUGGUGUUAUGACGCCCAGUGGGGUCAACAGUGUCACUCCAUCGCAUAUGGGCGGCGGUGGCACUUUAUCGUCAACACCCUCUUUACAUGUGGCCUAUAAUGGAGGCGGUGGUGGUGGUGGUGGAUUAGGGGGAGGAGCCGCAUCCGCCUCAAGUGGAUUAGCAGCUGGUGCAUCAGCUACAGCGCCCUUUAAUCACGUCUAUUCGUAUGCGUAUUAUGAGCCUGGGGCAGCCAAAUGCCAUACAAAUGUACCAGCCAAUGGUAUGCCCCAGCUGGCUCCCAUCGUUCAGGCACCCCCCUCGAAGAGUUCGAUUCGUGCCCUGUUGGCGAAAAGUUUUCGAUCCAAGUCAUCGUCAUCGCACGGCGGCGGCGGCCAUCAAUCGACUUCAUCAUCGCCCAGCGGUGCUGAGGAGCAACGUGAUCGGGAUGGAGGCAGACAUACGUAUACCACACGCUACGGCACCACCGAGAAUCUCUACGAAGAGGUUAGCGAGCAAAAGAUACGCAAAGUGCUUUCCGAUAAUCGCAUUGCCUCGUCCAGUGUGGGUAAUGUAAAGGAGGAGCAACGACGAGUCCAACACAAUCAUUUCCGUGUGCUGGAUGAAUUGAAUUUAUCGCUAGAGGCACUGAUAAUGCCGCCCACCCCUCCAGAUAUAAGUCCCAGCCAUGCGGUGGCUGGUGGCUCAUCACCCAGCGAGGAGCAUUUGAAGCUGCAACAACAGCAAUUGACAGGCAGCGUCAGUGGGUCAGCUUCUAAUUCGGGUACCGUGAAAUCGGUGCAGCGGCCACGACGUGGUGGCCUCUUGGGUGGUGCGGCUACCACUUCAUCGGCAGCUGCUGUUGCUGCGGCCGCCUCCAGUUUGGAGAAUCUGUCCACUCAUUUGAAUAGCAUGGAACUGAAGGAUCAUCAUCACCAUCAUAUUGGAGGCCACAGCAGUUGCAUCAAUCCCGAAUUCGAUGAGGGUGAUCUGGAUAGUGGUUUUAGUGGCAGCGGCAGCAGUAGUGGUGCUAGUUACAAUGAAAGUUUGCGCUAUUACAAAUCGGCCACCAACCAUCAUACCACCGGCAAUUUAACCCAAAAUCACCAGCACCAUCAGCAACAUCAGCAGAAUCAUAAUCACCACCAUCAGCACAACAACAACAAUAAUAACAAUAAUAAUAACACAUUGCCAUUGAAUAUGCGCAGUUGUCGGUCGUCGACAGCAUCGGCAACCACAUCGACAUCGAAAAGCAGCAUGGCCAGCUGCGGCGAGGAUCAAGGUAUUAGCGGCAUGACCGGCAUGGGCGGCAUUAUGGAUAUUAGCUCAUCGGCAGUGUCGCCAUUCAGUUAUCCGCGACGAUGCUCGGCCGAUCAGCAACGUGCCUCGGCCAGGUCCAUGUCCUCACAGUCGGGUGCGGCAACGGGCAUUUCAGUGCCCUGCACUGGCACGAAACCCAAAAAGAACUUUUGGACCAUGAAACCGUGAU